AUGGCUUCGGCCGCUCCUCUGGUUGGCAUCGACUCAAUCAAAAAAACUAGCACCUUCCCCCUCAGCGCCAUCCACUUCCGCACAAUCCAACUCCUCAUCACCAUCGGCCUAAUCCUGAGUAUUGCCGGCGGCAGCAAUAGCAUCAGCUCAGGUGACAAUUUCAAAGUGCAAUCCACCUCCAAAGUCGGCAUCAUCCUCUACAUCCUCGCCUACGUCGCCCUCACCCUCAUUAGCCUCCUCACCGGUUUCAAGCUCUCCCAGGCCGCAAGCGGCGAAAAGCGGCUCCUCCUAGCAGUGAUCCUUGCGCUGCCCUUCAUCCUCGUCAGACUCGUCUACUCCACCCUCGCCGCUCUGACGCAUUUCCAGGAAUUUAACCUCCUGACGGGUUCGGUUGCCAUCUUCGCCAUCAUGGCCGUCGCCAUGGAGUUCGCCGUGGUUCUAAUCUACCUCGUCACCGGGUGGACAACCAACGUGGUCCCUGCUUCUCAGCGUGGUCCGAUCAUGUCUCGCCCGUGGAAGGGAAAUUCGCAUGGCGCCAUCUUUCACCCUGGUGGCCGUCAAGGUCGCAGGCAGGGCCCUAUUCAUGGCUUGGUCAAUGCCGCUGUCGCCGCCGCGCAACAGCAAACUGCUCAGCAGAGCGGCGAGGUGGGGCGGUCCGGCAUGCGUUAA